GCGAGCAAAGGAGGGCCUCGUGCCCGUGGAUCAACUCGCAGAUCAUCGCCGCCUCGGAGCAGGGCGUCCAGCAGCUGCUGGCCACCACGACGGCCCACCUCGGCCAGAUGAACCUGGUGAACCUCUCCACGGCCAUCCACCGGCUGGCGAAGGUCACCGCGGGCAACAGCGGCGCCCAGGCGGAGCUGCGGCGGCACCCCGUGCUGCGGGAGCUCCAGGCCGCCAUCCUGCUCGCCCUGGAGGCGCUCGAGCCGAGCGCAGUGCAGCCGCAGUCGCUCAGCAACAUCGUAUGGUCGCUGGCCACGCUGCGGCUGAACAGCGCGCCGUUGCUGCAGGCAGCAACCACUCUGGCCGUGACGAGCAUCGCCGAUUUCAAGCCUUUCGAGAUGUCGACCACGCUGUGGGCGUUGGCCAAGCUCGGGUCAGUUGACGACAGCACGACUGGGAAACAGUCGAGGACACUCUUCUAUGCCGCCGCGAACCACAUGACGAACAACUUGCACCAGUUUGGAUUCCGUUGCCUCGCAACCGUUGUCUGGUCAUUCGCUACUGCACGGCAGCGCAACCCACGCCUCUUCCGCGGAAUCGCCAUGAAGAUGAUACCCAUGGUGCAUGCGGCCAACUGCCAGGAGAUCGCGAACACGGCGUGGGCGUUCGGCACCGCUGGCUUCCACGACGACCAGCUCUUCUUCGCGCUGGCCGAGAGAGCGCUGCUACACCUCCCCGAGUUCAAGCCGCAGGAACUCUCCAACCUCCUCUGGGGCCUCGCCACCAACGGCUUCUUCCACGAGGGCCUCUUCUCGGCAUCUGGGCUGGAAGCGCAGCGCAUGGACCUGCACCCGCAGCACCUGGCGAACAUCCUGUGGGCCUUCUCGCGGGUGCAGCCGCACCACCCGGCGACGCAGAGGACUACCCUCUCGUUGCUGCCGCUCUGCACCUCGCAGCUGGAGGAGGGGUCUUCUACCGCGCUGGCCGUGGCGAAGGCCCUCGCUCCUGCCGCGCAGUACUCGGCGCCGGACGGCCAGGCCGCACCGCCGCCGCCGCGGGUCGCGGAGUUCUUCCGGGCGGUCGUGCCUUGGUUGAUGACCCGGCUGCCCGAGUUCUCCGCGCAGUCCCUGGCCAACAUGGUCACCGCCUUCGUGGCGGUGCGCAUGCCCUGCUCGGCACCCGUCGUUGGCGCCCUCGGCCAGGAGGUGGUCGACAGGUGCGACUGCUUCGAGCCCUCCGCCCUGGUCCACCUCCUCAAGGCCUUUGCGCUGGCCCCGCCAGACGCCGGAUGCGCUGGGGUCCUCGAGGUGCUGGUGUCCCACGCGGAGCAGCACGCCGCGGCGCUCAGGCCCAAGGAGCUGCAGGCGCUCCAGCGCGUCCGCGCCGAUCUGGGCGACCGUGGGCAGCCGCUCCGCCCCCCGUCUGGGCCAGAGGAGGGCGUCGCGGAGGUGCCUCUGCAACCGUCUCCGCUCUUCUGCGCCGUCGCGCUGGAGUACCUGGCGUUCGGCGAGGAGGCCCAGGAGCUGCCGUGCUGGGGCCACCCCUGCCUCCAGAGUCGCGAGGUGCCGCUGCUCCAGGUCCCGCCCGCCGCCGUCGUCACGGCAGAGCACCCUCCGGGCCACCAGGCCGCCCCAGAGUUUCCCCACGAGGAGCACCCUCACCUCGCGAGCCGCGAGGCGCCGCUGCACCCCGACCCGCCCGCCGAGGAGGCGCCGUGGAGCUGGGGCGGGCAGUCCUUCCGGUGCUCAGUGAAGAACUCGUUCCUCCACUUCACGACGCGGAUACCGAGUACGGCAGCGCGCCCCAGGAGGGCUCGGCCUCCCAGCGCUCCAGCUCUGCGCCCGGCCGCUUCAUGGACGAGCACCUGGACGACUGGCACAGGCGCAACCCCGAGCACCGGCUCCCGCCGAGGCAGGCGGAGACCGACUGGGGCCUGCGCCACCCGGGCCAGGACGGGCUGGGCUUCGACUGGGGCGCACCGCCGGCGGCGCUGCCGCCGGCGCCCCAGGGGAUGCUCACCGCGGACCAGGCGCCCACCGCCGGGCCCCUGGCGGCGGCCUAGGGCCCAGGCCGCCGCGCGCGGCUUCUGA